GGAGCACUCAAGAGGUCAUCAUCCAUCCUCUCUCUUCUCUCGCUGCAUCCAAAUCAUGGGUGGCACACACCCUGCUGCAUCUCCCACCAGCCUCGCUCGCGCGCUCCUUUUACUGGCAGCGAGCACAGAGUACCCGGCUCGUGUCGGCUCACCCCCUCUCUAUCGUGUCCUGCAUACACAGCGAGGCGAGGUGCGAGCAUCUCGCUCACAUGCCUGCCUGGGAUACCGCCGUAUCGCGACCUACCUGCGCGCGCGUCCGUGCCACCCAUCCUCCAACGCUCUUCUUUGAUCCGGCAAAGGUACAAGCUGGAAAAAAAGGAGCGGUGCAGCGCGAUUCUGAGGUGGCGGUCCAAGGCACUUUUACGGAGACAAAGCGAACGUGCUCAAGGCGAU